ACCACGGUUGUAUGAAAUAGUUUACACCACACGCUCGAAAAGGGGACGCCCCACAGGAAGUGCUGUCAUCAUGGAGGAGCAGGUGGUUCACGCUGCCACUCCACCGCCCCACAUCCUGGGCUAUACAAUUCGAAGUCCCACCCGCAUCUGGGUGUCCUACAUAGUGCCCACAUCCUUGGCCCUGCUAGUUUACAUUAUCCAAACGGCCUCGGACUUGGCCUUGAGCUAUCAGCAUUUCAGCCAGAAGCAGCCGGGAUUCGGAGCUGGAACAUUGGUAUUGGUGUUACUGCCACCUCUGCUUACCUUUAUCUUGGUGGUUUCAUCCAGGGAUCAACGGCAGAACGAGACCACGGGUAGAAAUAGAUGUUCUGCCCUUGGCCUUGGGCUACUUAGGCUUUUGCUUUUCCCGUUUUUUGUGGUUUACAGGUUCUGUUGGCGGUUCUUUUGGUCGGUGGAAGGGCUAUUCCACAACGACGACGACGUGGAGCGUAUGAAGUGUUUGGCUAAGGCCACAAAGACAUCAAAUAUAGAGCUGUAUCUGCUCAUCCAGGCCUAUGCCCAGGCAGCACCACAGAUUAUCCUCCAACUCUACCAUAUGCUCAUCCAGGACCUCUUUAGGAACUAUGAAACCUCCGCAGUUCAGGCCAUGUCCCUGGUAUUCUCCGCCAUUGAUUUGGCGGCCAUAACGACCAGCUACCAUCGCAUUGAGAGCCAGCGUCGGGUGGGACGUCACUAUCCCUGGGCCACGUCCCAGGAGGUGGACACCCAUCGCUGUCAGUUGGAGCAGAAUGAGCGGCUGUGCUGCGAGGUUGCCAGGAAAAAGCGUGAAUCAGAGCGAACCAUUACUAGUUUUCCGGAAUCAGACAAGAUUAUGGAAAAUUUUCGAUCCCGCCGAUCGCUUCAGGUUUCCGACCCAAACACCCAUGAGCUGCAUGUUCAUGGUGAAGAUGAAGUGGACAACGAUGCCCUGGAGGAUGUGGAAACGCGAGCUGUACUCCAUUCAGGACCUAAAGACAAUGCCACAGAUGAGGAAAAAAUAAAAGGUACAAGACCGAAGCUGAAGAUACGCUAUGAGGACCUUGGUGACUUGGAUACUAUCGAUGUACUAGACACUAUCCCGGAGACACCAGCGCCUCCCCCUCCGCCAAAAACAGCUCCACCACAGUUGCCAGUGCUGAAGCCAUCCGAAGAUGAUCCUCCAGCUCCCGAUUUGCGGCGCACCAUGUCCGAUAAUGAUCCCAGAAGGAGUCGUAGAGUUACGAGACCACUGUCACAACUAGAGACCUUUAAGGAUAUGCUACUUGUUAACGCCCAGUUGUAUAUCAAGGAGCACGUUCCACAUCCACCGAAAUUACUCAUGGGCAGGGUCAGCGAAGAUGACGCCGAAGAGCACAGCCCCCUGGUUCCAAAGGAAUCUACACCAAAGACAUCUCCGUUGACCCCCAAGGACGUCGUAGACUUUUAUUUCCCGAAGCCCACAAAAAUAGUAAAUGGAAUUCAGCAGGAUGAUUUCGCGGGUCGCACAGUUUCCUUCUUUGGGUGGAUUGCCUUUAUUACCAUGAGGAUGCUGGCCUUAUCCACGUUCUGUGUCUUUUAUCCAAAGGCAUUCUUCAUCUUGGUGGGAGUUCACUAUAUCCUGAUGCUCAGUUGCCUGGCACUGGAAACCCGUUGCCGAGGAAGCUGGACCAAGACCAUGUUUCUCCUGCUUCUCGCCUACAUUUAUAUCUUCGUUCUGAUGGAGUUUCGGGUGUGUUUUAAGAGCAUUCGUCUGUGGUAUGGAGGCUACCUGGUGCUCACACUAGUGGAGAACAUAACCAUGACUUCAAUAUGGUAUGGAAACGAAGAGUGGGAGUCAUGGUGGUUUGGUUUCAUCGCCGAGUGGAUCCUAUACAGUGGUGUCCUAUUUGUUGUCACACUCAUCGUCUACUAUUGGAUACUUCGCCCCAAAGAAGUCUCUCUCAUAGUGGAGGAUGAUGGCCCGGCAACACCUGGUGCUAACACCGAUGAACAAUCUGUUGCCUAGCGAUAGUAUAU